AUGAACUUUCUCGCAAAAGCAGUAGAAACCUUCACUGGAAAUUCCAUUCCCUACACCUUCAAAGAAAAAGUCGUUUCGAAUAUUGAGGAAAACCCAGUCGGUUCCAAAUCAAUAUGGAAUGUUUAUGAUGGAACAUCGAAUAAGGACGGAUCUGCAGUCACAAUCUUUGCAUUCGACCUAAAAAGCCUACAAUUGGCAAAGUACACGCCCCUGGCGAGAAACGCAUUCAAGAAAUCACGCGGAUUAUCGCUUUUACCCGGUGUCUUGACCGUCAUUGAUUCCAUCCAAAAUGAUAAUUUCAUAUAUAUAAUUACUGAAAGAGUGCAGCCACUAUUCAAUCUCUUGAGCCAGCCACUAUAUAGACCUGCGAACCAUGAUCCUGCAUCCAAGGAUCUUCUGAUUUUGGGAAUUUACCAGGUUGCCUCAGCUUUAAAAUACAUAAACGUGGAAGGCUCGUCUGUUCACUGCAAUAUAAGCAGAAACGCAAUUUUUGUCACACUGAGUGGUGAAUUCAAAGUCAGUGGCUUUGAACUCCUUGUCAGUCUCAAGGAAAAGGACUUCACGGUUUUAUCAAUGGCCUACCAAUGUCCAUCCUUUGAUUCUACGCCUGUUCCUCCUGAAUUCGAAAGAUCUGGAUCCAACUACUUUGGGAGCGUAAAACCAAACAUUGCUGCUAAAUUUGAUGCCUACAAGUUUGGUGCCUUUGCCUGUGAGCUUCUUGGGGCAGAAGAGGUUCCCAACAAAGCAGGACUGGCGCAAAAUCUCGUCUCAAGUGCCGUUAACACUCCAAAAGUCAUGAUACCGCACUUGAAAAGAUGCCUACAAGCGUCAGUGGCUACGAGAUACACGACUCAGCAAUUUCUUAAGUACGGUGAGCAUUCUUAUUUCGAUACGCCGCUUAUAAACUUAUGGAAGGGUAUCGACAAGCUCGCGCUGAAAAACGAGGAUGAAAAACUGGACAUAUUCCAAUCUUUAGACAGCAUCGACAACCUUCCUCCUGGAAUGCUUGAGUUCUGCAUUCUUCCCGAACUCUGCUCCGUUUUCAACACCUUGAGCCACAACAAUAACAACAAAAAGUCGAUAAUUCUAUUCCAGCUUUUGAAGCACAGCAAAACGCUCUCUGAGGACUCAUUUUCACGCUUGGUUAAGCCAGUCAUCUUCAAGGCUUUCACCUUACCCGAUAGGGCCAUCAGAAUGACUCUCUUGAAUGGUCUACCUGAAAUCGUUCCAAGAUUGUCAGACAGCGAGGUUCAAAAUAGAAUUUUCAUGAACCUCCUUCAAGGUUUCAACGAUACAAACGUGACUAUUCGGGAGGAAACAAUUCGUGCAGUUAUUCCAAUAGUAUCGAAGAUUAGUAAUCGGCAACUCAACAACGACUUGCUCAGAUAUCUGGCAAGGUUGCAGGCGGAUGAAAGCUCGGAUAUACGGACAAACGUUGUUGUGUGUCUCACAAAAGUUGCUCCCUUCAUGAACGACAACUCCAGAGUUGCAGUUCUCCUCACGGCAUUCGGUAAAGCUUUGAAAGACCAGUUUGUUCCGGCCAGAUGGAACAGUUUGAUCUCUUUCCAGAACUGUCUCAAGUACUUUAGUCCCGAAGUGUGCUGUUCGAAAGCACUUUCAGCCUUGGCUCCUGCGCUAUUGGAUAAAUCUUCAAAAGUCAGGGUUGAGGCCGAAAAGACGCUAGAGGCGUAUUUGAAGAAAAUAAGGGACGCCGCCUCAAAGUUGCCUGUUGACGAUGAGGAAACAAUACAGGCUGAGGACGAGCAAUCCAGGAGUCUUUUAAACGGCUUUAACACCUUAUCGCUUAGCAAAGUGGCUGUUGGAUCCAAAAAUACGCUUUUUGGAUUUGGAAAUACAGAGUCUUCUGACAGCUUGGCAAUGAAGAAUAACACUAAUAUUCCAGAAGAGGCAUCUGCGUGGAAUGAUGAGGAUGACGGUGGUUGGGAUGACGAGGAUGAUAACCUCGAAGAUAAUGCGAAUGGCACUAAUUCCAGCACUACUGCUUCUCUGGGCUUUGGAAAUACAACUGCUCCUGCUCAAACAAAGCCAAAGAGCAAGCUCAAUCUUGAAGAGGCUGAAAGCGAUACAGAGGAUGCUUCAGCCUGGGAUGAUGAAUGGUAG